ACCAUCGCCGCUAACUAACACUAUGCCAUGUGCCGCACAAAUUACAGAAUUUUGUUAACUUUUUAGGCAUUUCCGCGAUGUUAUUGGCGCCAGAUCGUUUGGAGCACUAUAAAACCAAUUUGGAGCAACAGCUAAAGCGUUUGGCCACCAGUAUAAGGAUUUACCAAGCGUUUAAAUCAUCUAAAACAACGGAAUUGUCGAAUCAAGCGAAUCGUUUGUGGGAACUGAGUCAACGAUAUCGGCUGGUUAAGGGAACCAAUCAAGCUGCCACUUUUGCCCUUCUUUCUGUGUGCCAGGAUGCUUACCAAAACCUUCAGGACAGCAUAUUAACACUAGAUUAUAAGCUAGUGCAAAUAUCUGCCCAACUAAGCGAUUUCGAGAUAGAGUGCUUAAACCUAAGUCAAGAGCAAAAUGAGACCAAAACUCCCGCAGUUUUAACAGAGUUUCGGAAUUUCCUGAAGGAAUCGCUGAAAUUAAUGCAGAAUCACGUCAAAUAUCUGGAGCUUAAUCUUCGCCAGCUACAACCCCAGUUUAUGGCACCUGAAUCCUAUCUGGAGGCUUUCAAAUCCGAUCUGAUAAUGCCGGAACACACAGAAGCCCGGAUUUCCCUGGGCUUGGCCAAAAUUGAAAGACCGGCCAACUUUCCACUGAAUUUGUAGUGUGAAGUCAACUUAAUUACUAAAAGCGUAUCUUAUACAUGCCAUUGAGACAAUCAUUUCAUAUUUACAUAAAUAUGUAUAUAUGUUAUAAAUAUGUUUGUUUAAUGUUUUCAUUAAAGCAACAAUUUCCUGA